CUUCUUCGUUAUCACCAUUAUACUCAUCAAUCUUCUCUCCCCAUCUUCAGCAGCCAACAACUUUGAGAUCCAAAUCCCAACCACAAAGUCAGCACAAUCAUGCAGUUCAAUACCAUUCUUGUGGCUCUCUUCGCAUCCAUGGCCUUUGCCCUCCCUACCGAUGGCGAUGGCACCGAGCCCACCCCUCCCACAGAACCAACUUGUCCUCCCACAGGUCCUUCAGCUCCUUAUGCUGCAUGUGCCGGCCUAUACUCUGAGGAACAGUGCUGUGCAACUGACGUCCUUGGCGUCGCCGACUUGAACUGUCUUACUCCUGGUGCCAUCCCUUCGAGCCCAAGUGACUUCCAGAGCAUCUGCGCUGCUGGUGGCCAGCGUGCACGCUGCUGUGUCAUUCCAGUCGCGGGCCAGGCUGUUCUCUGUACCACCCCUAUCGGAAUCUCCUAAAUGUGUGGUAUCGCUAUAAGGCUUUUGUCCAGGAAGGUCGUCAGCUCAGUCCAGCUGGGCUCCCUUGCUUGGGAGACGAAAUGAGAGGUUGCCCUUAACGCUACUGGAUUUUGAGACGAGGGUUUUGGAGUAGUAUUCAA